AUGGUGAAAAGAGAGAGAGAGACGCGCUCUCUCCUAGUGCACUUUGCAGUAAGUUGCUGGCGGUUGUUGCUGGCGUGGCGGUUGUUGGUCGCGCAGGGAACUUUAACACGCUGGAUCCCAAAGUCCGUCUCUCUCACCUGCGCAGUUCGGAGCUGCCUGGAAUUUCGCAGCCGGAUUUUUAUUAUCCUAAUCACACUGCCGAUCUUUCGCAAGACGAACGGCCUUUAUAUCUCCAGUAGCAUAGAUUCUCUGCAGCAUGUUCUGGGGGACUAUGGAUUGGUGAAGCCUGUUCUUACUGACGCAGAAGGCCGUUUUCUGUCCCAUGCGGUAUCGGUUGGUCCAGCAGAUGGGCAGUUCCGUAGGCGCUGGAGAAGAGAGGCGGCAUUGGCCGACCACGCCCACCUUGAGUCCGGAAGAGGCAUGCCUGAGCGACUGUACUACAACGUCACUGUCUUCGGCCGGGAGUUUCACCUGCGUCUGCAUCGCAACACGCGCCUGGUGGCCCCCGGAGCCAAGAUGGAGUGGCAGGACUCUGACGGCAUGCAUUCCAAGCAUUUGAAGAGCGACUGCAUGUAUGUUGGUGACAUUACGGACAUACAGGGAGCCUCCGUAGCUAUUAGUAACUGCGACGGCCUGGUAAGUGGCCACAUUGGCCUUCAUUUUGUGUGGUGUCCAGUAUGUCUGCUUAAUUCACACAAACCCUUCAUGAAUCUAAUCAAUACGAUUAAAAUUGCUAUCAUCGAAAACAAACUUUAACGAAAAAGAAGAGUUUAAUCCUUUUUCUAUUCAUUCAAUGUGCAAAUUGGGUGUUUUUUCCGGGUUAUCAAGUAUAUAUAGAUUUCUUAUGCAUAAGUAUUUUAAGGUGCUCUUAAGUUGUUUACUUCAUGCAUGGGAAUACCACAUCUGACAUUAAAAAUGGUUAAUCCAAAAAUUAAAAUUUGCUGAAUAUUUACUCACCUUCAUGCCAUCCAAGAUGUAGAUGAGUUCAUCAGUCCAAUCCACUUUAUUUAUAA